AUGGAGGCUAAUCAUCCUCCAUCCGCCGACCCUUCCCGACAGAAUUCUACCAUACUCAAGAUCAUCCACUGGGACAAGCUCUUUGAAUGCGACAGCCCUCCGCGGUUAGGCAUUGAGGUUGGCAGGCGGCUGCCAUAUGCUACGAUGUCUGCCUUUUCCACUGGGCUGGCACUAGGGUAUUAUCACGGCAGCAAACGGGCAGGACUCGUGUUUCGGGCGGAAAACGCGCAUCGGUUCCCCACAACAUCGACAGGGUGGUUCCAGUAUCAUAAAACGAAAAAUUACAUUGGUGUGGUUGGAGGUGUCAAGGACGGUAUGAAGAUGGGAGCCAAGCUUGGUGCUGGUGCUCUUGCGUUCUGUCUGUUCGAAGAGACCGUGGACUAUGCACGACAUGAAGAGAGAGACUUUUUAUCGACAGUCAUCGCUGGGCUGUCCUUUUCUGGAGUAUACAGUUUGCUUGCUCGUCACGAUGUCUACACCGCCGCCCGCACAGCCAAGCUUGGGCUGAAAUUAAGCUUGACCUAUGGUCUCUUGCAAGACGCCCUUGAGACUUUGAAAGGAAAUCGCCCUGCCUACGUUGAUUUCGUCCUCGGUAACCGGCGGUCUAAGGCCGAAAAGGAAGGAUCAAUCUGA